GUGUCAGUGCAAUCGAAGUGGUUGUGGAACAUGGCCUGGCUACCCCAGAAGGCCUGACAGUAGACUGGAUAGCAGGCAACAUAUACUGGAUAGACAGCAAUCUGGACCAAAUCGAAGUGGCAAAACUAGAUGGUUCCUUAAGAACGACACUAAUAGCAGGAGCCAUGGAACACCCCAGGGCCAUUGCUCUGGACCCAAGAUAUGGAAUUCUUUUCUGGACAGACUGGGAUGCCAAUUUUCCUCGCAUCGAGUCUGCCUCUAUGAGUGGUGCUGGGAGAAAAACCAUCUAUAAAGACAUGAAAACUGGAGCUUGGCCUAAUGGACUAACCGUGGACCACUUCGAAAAAAGGAUAGUUUGGACAGAUGCCAGGUCAGAUGCUAUUUAUUCAGCCCUCUAUGAUGGAACAAACAUGAUAGAAAUUAUCCGAGGUCAUGAAUACCUUUCUCAUCCCUUUGCUGUGUCUUUGUAUGGGAGUGAAGUCUAUUGGACAGACUGGAGAACCAACACAUUGUCCAAAGCCAAUAAAUGGACAGGGCAGAAUGUCAGUGUGAUUCAGAAAACCAGUGCUCAGCCAUUUGACCUUCAGAUAUACCAUCCCAGUCGUCAGCCACAAGCUCCCAAUCCUUGUGCAGCUAAUGACGGCAAAGGCCCCUGCUCUCACAUGUGUCUGAUCAAUCAUAAUAGGAGCGCUGCUUGUGCAUGCCCCCACUUGAUGAAGCUUUCUUCAGACAAGAAGACCUGCUAUGAAAUGAAAAAAUUUCUUCUUUAUGCAAGGCGUUCUGAAAUCAGAGGAGUGGAUAUAGACAAUCCAUAUUUUAACUUUAUCACGGCCUUCACAGUCCCUGAUAUUGAUGAUGUUACUGUGAUAGAUUUUGAUGCAUCUGAGGAACGUUUAUACUGGACAGAUAUUAAAACACAAACCAUUAAACGGGCUUUCAUUAACGGAACUGNCGUUUAUACUGGACAGAUAUUAAAACACAAACCAUUAAACGGGCUUUCAUUAACGGAACUGUGUUAG